AUGGUGGAUUCAGAAUCAUACCCGGAUUUCGCCAAGCUGUAUCUCAUUGGUAUAUGGAUUACGACUGUACUAUGGGCAAUCAAGUCGGGAAGAAAUGCGAGGCACAGAGCAUUGCUGGUUCGCAUUGUUGCCGUUGUACUGUUCUCACUAUCAACUGUCCAUAUCGCCGCCUCUUUGCAACAACUUCUUGAUGCGUUCAUAUACGUACCGGAUAAUGCAACUCGCCUAUAUGCUACCCUAUACUUCGAAGAUACAGCGAAGUCCCUGGCGGUCACCAAGACUGUAAUUUUCUCCACUGCUGCCAUGCUGCAGAAUGUAGUCCUUACAUGGCGAUUAUACAUCGUUUGGGAGCAUAGCUGGAAGAUCUGCGUGAUCCCUAUAUUGAUCGAGGUUGUACACAAUGGCGCUGCCUUCGCGGCUGUCGGUCUAUCAUCCAAACCGGACCCGGAUAUAUACUCAUCGAGUCUGAAAGGCACAGCGUUGACCGCUUACAGUAUGGGCCUUAUAUUCAACCUCAGCGCAACGAGCAUGAUUGCAGUGCGCCUAUGGUGGAUGGGCAGGAAAGUUGUUCCGUUGACCUCAUCAAUUACUGCCGGGAUGAUUGGUGCAAAUCCGUUCAUGAUGUCCAUCAUCGCUGUCGUCGAGUCGCACGCAUUAUAUGCAAUAGCCAUUGUCAUCAUGCUCGCCCUUUAUGUGUCAAGCGCGCCGGUGGUGCUGCCUUGGUUCGACAUCACAGCUCAACUUGCAGUAAUGACACCGCUCAUGGUCGUCAUCCGUGUUCGGUUGGGCAUCGCUAGCGAGGCAUCGGCUCAAGCUCGCUUGUCCACGUUUCGUGCAAGUGGAGCUGAGCAGGAUCGUAGUUCAUUUACAAAUUCUGUCAUACAAAUCCGCGAUGUUACCUCCGACUCUCUCUGUGCUAUUGCACUAGAGGAGCUCAAGGCUGCAGGAGAUGACCGUGUUAUCACGGAGCGAAUCAGAAUACCCAGGCAGAGAGAGGAUGUUUGA